CAAGGCUUCUUUAAAAUUCCAUCACGCUGUCUUCCAUCUAAUCCUAGUGAUAUUCGUCUGGGAUGGCAAAAAUUAAUAGAGAAUGUCGAGAGAAGUCUUUGCCAGCUAUCAGAUUAGUAAAGCCUGUCGAUUACUUUUCGGAUAUUUCCGAUUGGACAACAUCAAAAAGAUACUACGUUCGGAAUAGAGAUAUUGUAAAAGAGAAUAUUCGUUUAAUAAAGUCGAGUCUCCCACGAGAUCCUGCUGUUCGAAAGGUACCUCCAUUCUCCUAUCAAUCGUAUCAACAAAAUACAAGUGUUGUCCCAUUACCAAUGAUUGCUCCCAGCCGUACCAGAAGCGUUGAUUCUAAUGUAUCUGAUGACUGCAGUCAAUUCCGAGCACUUUUCUCUCGUGGAGAUCUUCAUGUCAGAAUUAUUCAUUCAGGAGGAGCCGGUGAAAAACCUCGGGAGUUGCGUUGGGCAAAGGAUCCAUCUCAAAUGAAAAAUGAAACAAUUUGUAAUCUACUUGCAAAGUUCUCCACGGGAAUGUCACUUUUAGAUCAUCCAUAUCGCUUUGUUGCUGAAACUGGUAUAACCGAUUUGCUCAUUGCUCUUCGAAAUCAUCAAUCAAUUGUAACAGUUCUUCCACAAUUGGUUAGAGGAAUUCGAGCAGGGCUAUAUUCUUUUGACAUUGAAAAGAAAAAGUUCUGCUUGAAAACUCUGUCAAGAAUUACUGCAAUGCAAGGAAUCGGUGCACAACUUGUUCCUUUUUACAGACAAUUGCUACCUCCACUUCGAACAGUUCGCCAAUCCAGAAGUAGAUCAGAUCGUGUUCAUUAUGAUAAAGGCCGUCAAAUUGAAGAAAUCAUAACUUCAACUUUAAACGAUUUGGAACGAUCGGGAGGUCCAAAUGCACUUAUUAAUAUUAAAUACCUCCUUCCACAUUAUGAGUCUUGUCAGUACAUGUGAACAUAUUAAAAUAAAUAUAUUGCAUUGAA